CCCAGGUGCACCGGGUCACCUGACCGCCCGCCGCAUUCCCCGCAUUCCUCCGAGGCUCCAGCAGCCGCCGGCGCCGGGUCGGGGUCGGGGAGCUGCGUGGUCCCGGCCGUGCCCCCCCAGCCCCGAGCCGAGCGCCAGAGAGAGUCAAAGAGGAUCUCAAAUUCUGGAGAAAAAUGACCUUUUAAGGGACACAAAGUGAGCCCCCCACUGCGUGCUUUCACCUUCCUUAAGCUCUGAUGACUGAAACCCACACAGAGUCCAGUGGUUAUCAGUCUUCUCAUCAUGCAUCAACUGUUCAGACUGGUUUUAGGACAAAAAGACCUUUCACGGGCCGGGGACCUCUUCUCCUUAGAUGACUCCGAGAUUGAAGACAGCCUGACCGAAGCUUUGGAGCAAAUCAAAAUAAUUAGCUCGUCGUCAGAUUACCAAACCAAUAACAAUGACCAGGCAGUGGUUGAAGUCUGUAUCACGCGAAUCACCACAGCCAUCAGAGAGACGGGGUCGAUUGAAAAGCAUGCCAGAGCCCUGGUGGGACUCUGGGACUCCUGCCUGGAACACAGCCUGAGACCCUGUGGCAAGGACGAAGACACUCCCCAUGCGAAAAUUGCUUCUGAUAUCACGAGUUGCAUUCUGCAGAACUACGGCCGGGCCCCCGUGGCGGCGCUGGCCGUGCCCGUGGCGGCGAAGUUCCUGGGCAGCGGCGACGCGGGCGUGUGCGGGAGCGUGUCCAGCUACCUGGCCCUGGCCGCCACGGCGCAGGCCGGCCUCCUGGCCCGGCACACGGACGCCAUCGUGGACAGCGCGCUGCGAGGCAAUGCCAUGCUGUUGAGGGUGUUACCUGCUGUGUAUGAAAAGCAGCCUCAGCCGAUCAACAGGCACCUGAUGGAACUCCUGGCCUUGAUGCCUCAGCUGGAGCAACCAGAGCAGUACCAUCUCCUACGGCUUUUGCACGUAGCUGCGAAGAGAAAGCAGCCCGAGGUGGCUCAGAAGUGUAUUCCUUUCCUAAUUGGGCAUUUGAAAGACUCAACUCAUAGCGAUGUCAUCCUAAACAUCCUCACAGAGAUAACAGGCUAUGACCCUGUGGCUUUGAGCACUUUCCUUCCAAUGCUGAAAGAGAUUGGUGAGAGAUUCCCCUACCUCAUCGGACAAAUGGCAAAAAUCUAUGGAGCCGUGGGGCAUGUAGAUGAAGAGAGAGCCAGAAGCUGCCUGCCAUUCCUGGUGAGUCAGUUGGCCAACAUGGAACAUUCGUUUCAUCAUAUUCUCCUGCUGGAGAUCAAGAGCAUCACCGAUACUUUCUCCUCCAUCCUGGGCCCUCAAAGCAGAGAUAUCUUCCGCAUGAGCAACAGCUUCACCACUGUUGCCAGGCUCCUAACCCAACAACUGGAAACUGCCAAGGCCAGGAGCAACAGGAAAAAACCCAGUACUGAGGUUGAAUUCCCCGAGAAGCUGGAAGAAAUCAAGCUCACUUUGGCUGAAAAUGAAGACCAUGAAAAGCUGCAAGUUAAAAUACAGGCUUUUGAAGACAAAAUAAAUGCUGAGAGCAAUACUCCUAGCUCUAUCAGAAGAUAUAGUUUGGGCCAGUUUUCUAAGGAAGAAAGAAAAGACAUUAGAUUUAACAGGUCAAAGAGCUUGGCUUUGCACACCGUGCUAACAAAGAGCCUGAGUUCAGACGAUGGAGAAGUUGUAGAGAGUGAAGAUGUGCCAGCCAGCAUCUUUGUUUCAGAAACAGACCCACUUAGCCAAGGAAAUGACAAGUCACCCUUUAAGGCAAACUCUGACAGAUCGCAGCUGGGAAACUCUACAGUUUCACACCCAACUAUUGUGUACACAGAAUCAGAGAAUUUGCCAGAAACAGUUAAAGAAAACUGCCAGGAAGAAACUCCAGAAACAACUGCAAGUCCUGUAGAAUACCAAGAUAAGCUCUACUUGCAUUUAAAGGAAAACUUCAGCAAGGUAAAAGCAUAUGCUGUGGAAAUCGGAAAGAAGAUUCCAGUCCCUGAUCAGUGUACCAUUGAAGAUUCUGUUAGAAGUUGUGUAGCAAAGUUGUUCUUCACAUGCUCCCUGAAGGGUCAUUACUGCCUCUACAGUAAAUCCAGUUUUAUUCUCAUCAGCCAAGAACCUCAGCCAUGGAUCCACAUCAUGUUCCUCUUUCAGCAGAGCCUGUUUCCUGAGCCCCUGUCCAUACAGAGUCAUUCUGUACAAUUUCUCAGAGCUCUGUGGGAGAAGACUCAGGCAGAGGGUGCUCACAGCUUUGAAACAGCCAUGAUGGAGUCCACGUUUCCACAGCAGAAGGAUCUGGACCAGGUACAGCUCCAUCUGGAAGAAGUGAGAUUCUUUGACGUAUUUGGCUUCAGCGAAGCAGCAGGAGCAUGGCAGUGCUUCAUGUGCAACAACCCUGACAAAGCGACCGUUAUAAAUCAAGAUGGCCAGCCUCUCAUAGAAGGAAAACUUAAAGAGAAGCAAGUCCGAUGGAAGUUCAUCAAGAGGUGGAAAACUCGUUAUUUUACACUGGCUGGAAAUCAACUUCUGUUUCAAAAAGGAAAGUCUAAAGAUGAUCCUGAUGACUCCCCAAUAGAACUCAGCAAAGUACAGAGUGUGAAAGUUGUGGCCAGGAAACGCAGGGACCGCUCCCUCCCUCGGGCUUUUGAAAUCUUCACAGACAAUAAAACCUAUGUUUUCAAGGCCAAGGAUGAGAAGAAUGCAGAAGAGUGGCUCCAGUGCAUCAAUGUGGCAGUUGCCCAAGCAAAAGAGAGGGAAAGUAGAGAAGUAACCACAUAUCUCUAGGGAUUUGCAAGCCGACCUCACAUGGAUCGUAUACCAUGGGCAUUGCCUGAUCAUUGCCAAUGUCAAGAGAAAGAAAGAAAUUCACCAAGUCACAUUGUGUUUUUACUAAGUACCAGUGGAACAGUUUUCCCUAAGAAGCAGGACCUAAAAGUGGCAGGAUUCUUAUGCAUCUCAUGUUCUAAUGACGCCUGCGUUAACUCCAAGAGCAUCUGUGUGAUACAUCCAGGAAAAGGAGCUAGAGAUGAUAUGGGGCAGAAAGGGGGGUGUCGAGGAUCUAGGAACCUCUGUAGGUAUUCCAUUGUAUGCUGUAAGAACACAACUUUACAAGAUACCUGAAAUACCUAUCCGGAGGAAAGAUUAAACACUUUUUAAUCAGAGGAAAACCACUGUCUGCCAAAAGUAUUAGAAGAAAAAAAGAGAGGAAAAGUCAAAAUUAUGGACCCUGAGGGAACACAUAUAACUUACUUACAUUCAUAAAAUGAUGUUUUUUUUCUCUCUAAUGCAAAUGAAACUAACACAUAGUAAGAUGGUUUGCAAGUGAAGACAGUUAUGUAAUUAAAUGUCUGUCUUUCAAAACAACGUCUCUGAUUAUUCCAUUUAGGUGCAUAUAAUAUGAUCUAAAGUUUAGGUUCUUGGGUAUAUCUCCUGCCCAAGGCAGUAAAUGUAAGGCUAGGCAUAGGAAACCAUUUUCACCAUCUUCAAAAUAUGUGCCAUUUCCACUAAACUUGGAGAUGUUCAAGUUCUAUACUUUUCUUCUCUAUAGUCAACAUUUUAAUAUCUCAAAAUUACAUUUAAUGGUUUUUCUCAUCACUCAUAUAUUUUUUUUUAAUUAAGCGGUGGCAGAUAGAAUUAUAGAAUGAUCCCCAAUGGUCUACACCCUGACUGUCUCCUUAACUGGGGGACUUAUAACUUGCUUCUAACUGAUAGGAUAUGGCAGAAAGAAUAAGAUAGUCUCUUCCAUGAUUAUGUUAUAUUACAUGGCAAAGGUGAAGAGGUUUCUGGUUCUUAAUCAGGUGACUUUGAGUCAGUCAAAAGGAUACUACCUGGUUGGGCCUGACCUCAUCAGAUAAGCCUUUUAAAAAAGAGUGAAUGAGUCAGAGACUCUCUCUUCCCCUGGCCUUGAAUAAGCAAGCUGCCACAAGUUCUACAGUUUCAAGGGAAUGAAUUUCGCCAACAACCAGUGAGCUUGGAAGAGGAUCUCAGCCCCAGCCUACACCUUGAUGGCAGCUUUGUGAAACCUUGAGCAAAGGACCCAGCUAAGCCAUGCUUGGACAUCUAACCCAGAGGAACUUUGAGAUAAUAAAUACAUGUUGUUUAAAGCCAC